AUGGUUCUAGACGUCCACAUUUUGAAUCUGUACUAUUUGAAAUUAAUAGCGACAUAUGCGAUCGAUCACAUGGUCAAAAAACGUUUUAAACCAUUAGCGUUUAUUGAUAAGUUUAGUGAUAUGCCAGACGAAAAAGAAAUAUUAUUUUCAGUGCGAUCUGUAUUUAAAGUUGAAUCUAUUCAACAAUCAGAUAAUAGAAUAUGGCAUAUUGUACUCAAAUUAGUCAAAGCAAAACACCAAUCGCCUGAUUUUGUGAGUAUAAUUUUAAACACUGAAGACACCUUGGCAUAUAUAACAAAUUUUUUUUGCCACGAUGUAGAUGAUCCAUUAGAAAAAGCGUAUAUUGCAACGGUGAUUUAUGAACUAUUCGUGAAUAUUCGUGAAGCAGCUAUUUUUUACUUUCAUAUGAGCAUUGUGUGUUAUUUUGCAGAAGAUUACAGAACACAAUUAAAAAUAUAUUAA